AUGGUUUAUGAGGAGCAAUGCAAUGCCUUAGGGGCAUACAACAAACCCUUCUCUAACACAUACAAUCCUGGCUGGAGGAACCAUCCAAACUUCAGUUGGAGAGAUUCCAACCAAGCAGAACCAUCAGGAGGACAAUGGAGAACUGAGCAACAACCACAACCACCAAAGGCAUACUCUGCACCUCAAUACAAUUCGCAUCAGCCAGGGAGUUCUCUUGAGAACACCUUGCAAUCUUUCAUGGAGGUACAGAGUAAGACGAAUCAGAAGUUUGAAUCACUGUUCACGCAAAUGGUGGAGGAAAGUAAAGAAAUGAAAAGUCAAAUCACGAAGAUGACUGGAGCUUUGGCUGUUCAAGAAUGCGGCAGGUUCCCUUCACAAGCUCAGUCAAACCCAAAGGGUCAACAUAUGGCACAAACCUCAUGUCUUGAUAAUCAAAGUGUUAAGGAGGUGAAUGCCAUCAGUACUCGUAGUAGUAAGAUUAUGGAAGAAUCGUCAACAAGUGCCACCACUUUGAGUACUAAGGAAGUUGUCCAUGAGAAAGAUGAUCCAACAAAUGUUCCGCAAGUGCCUACUUAUGCUAAGGUUAUCAAGGAUCUGUGCACUAUCAAAAGGAAGCACCAUGUCAAGAAGACAGUAUUCUUGACAGAACAGGUAAGCGCGGUAAUCGACCAGAAAACACCGCUCAAGUACAAGGAUCCCGGUUGUCCCACAAUUUCCUGUCAGAUUGGGACACAUGAGUUCAGCCAAGCUUUGCUUGAUCUAGGAGCGAGUGUUAACCUCAUGCCAUACUCUGUCUACUCGCAACUUGGUCUUGGAGAAAUUAAGCCCACAUCCGUGGUUCUGCAGCUGGCUGAUGGAUCGAUCAAGAAACCUCGGGGGAUAGUUGAGGAUGUUUUGGUUCAAGUUGAUAAGUUCUAUUACCCCGUUGACUUUCUAGUCUUGGAUACUCAAUCCGUGGUGAGCAUGGAGUCCAAGAUUUCCAUCAUCCUCUAA